AUGGAGUCCUCUCAUAAUUACCUGAGUGAAGAUCUGAUAAUUGAAAUCUUGGCGAGAUUGCCCGUAGAAUCUUUGCUCUGUCUUAGGGCCGUAUGCAAAUCGUGGAAGUCCAUCAUAUCCAGCCCCGAAUUCUGUUCCUUGCACCUCUCCACAAACCACCCCUCCAAAAUCUUGCUCACCACACGAGAACCUGCACAGCCUAUAGCUAACGGCGAUCACAUACCUGAGGAGCGGUACUUGCUGCUUAACGACGAUGAACAUCACCCUGCCGACCCUUCCUGGUUGGCCCCUUUCGAUCUCCCCUUCCAAAUCGCAGACUUGAACUCUCUCCACAUACUCGGCUCCAUCAACGGCUUGAUAUGCUUAUCCGUCACCCCAUCCAAUUUGUUGGAUGACGAUGUGGAACUCAACAUACCCAUUCUGCUAUGGAACCCUUCCAUCGGCAGGUAUGUCUACCUACCGGACCCCACCUUCAGCUACGCGUUUAUCUCGUCCAUCGAGUUUGGAUACGACGCCACCACGGAUGAUUACAAAAUCGUGGUCUUUAGGAACACCACUGCUGUCCCAGAGUUCCACAUCUAUUCCCUGAACUCAAACGCGUGGCGCAGAGGUAAUUUCGAAAUGCAACCAGUCCCUAACCGCCGAUUGUUGUUUGGUAGCACGGGCGCUUUUGCGGGAGGCAAGAUGCACCGGAUCGUCUCCAAUUAUAUUAAUGUUGAUGAUGAGGUGGAGCUUGAUGAUGAGAUGGAAGAGCAAAGCAGGCUUUACUCGUUCGAUGUGGCGGAGGAGGUUUUUGCAGAGAUGGCCUUACCGCCAUCUGAGGUGGAGGAGGAGCUGACUGAGGUUAUGAUUACUGUAGUUAGGGACUCGUUGCUUUUGGUAGAGCCCACGUUUGCCUCGCAAAUAAUUUGGGUGAAGAUGGACGCCGCCCGAUCUUGUGAUAUGUACUGGAAGAAAUUGUACAUAGUUGAUGUGACAGCUAGGUUUGUGAUAGGGAACGAGGUAGAAUACAGACGUAUCAGACUAAACCGACCGGGAUAG